AUGGCAAGCAUCGUUUCUCGAGUCUUGUUUGGCCGUCGUCACAAUGCUUCAGGGCAAACUCCAGAUCCCGCCAAGGUCGCCGAACCAGUAACGACCUUCCCGUCUCCGAACUUCAAGGAAAGCGUUAAAUAUCUGGCAUAUGGCAGCAACCUUUCAGCAGAAACAUUCUUGGGCAGACGUGGAAUCAAACCGCUGUCGCAAGUUAAAGUUCGAGUACCGUCCUUGACUUUAAGCUUCGAUCUUGCGGGCAUUCCUUAUAAAGAACCACGUUUUGCCAAUGUUCGCCCACGCGAAGAAGAAGACCAGGAGCUCAUGGGUGUUGUGUACGAGGUUACACCAGAGGAUUACCGCAAAAUAUUGACCACCGAGGGUGGUUACAGUGUUAUCGAGGUCACAUGCAUUCCUUUGGAACCUGUUAAGGGCAUGGACUCAUUCGAAUCGAAAACUCUUAUCGUUCCGGGCAAAGGCACUCGGACAACCCAUGAGGGGCUACCUUCGCUACGAUAUCUCAAUUUAUUGAUAAAGGGUGCAAGGCAGCAUUCGCUCCCACCACAGUAUCAAGACUACAUUGCAAAUACCGGUUACUAUGAGGCCAGAACGAUCAGGCAAAAAGUCGGCUCCGUGGCCGUGCUUCUCACUGUUCUACCCGUCGUUAUCUUCCUGUUUGGUAUACGAAACUUUGUCAGUGAUAAAGAUGGAAAGGCGCCAAAAUGGCUGAAUGAUGCACAGGUUUUCUGUUUUGGGCAGAUCUGGAAUCUUUACGACUACGUUUGGAAGCCAUUGUAUGGAGACGGUGAGAGCACGAGACAUAGCGUAAAGAAAGCAGAUGAAGUCGUUGCGAACGCUGGCCCUGCUACUGAAACGGACGCCCUGCUUGUGAAAGCAGAGGAGGUCACAGCUGUCAAUUGGCGUGAACCUGAGAGUAGUCAGGCCUGA